AUGGGCCCCCCACCAGCCAGCGACGACGACGACGCGCUGCGCCGCCGCAUCGGCCGCCUCUGCAUCGUCGGCUUCCACGGCCUCACGCCCGACGCGCACAUCAAGACCCUUAUCCGCGCGCCCUAUUACGUCGGCCAAAUCGUCCUGUUCCAGCGCAACGUCCACGACGCGCACCAGCUCGCAUGCCUGACGCGCGACCUGCAGCGCCUCGCCCAGGAGGCCGGCCACAAGGACCCGCUCAUCAUCGCCAUCGACCAGGAAAACGGGCUCGUCACGCGCAUCCAGCCGCCCAUUGCCGCGCAGCUGUCGGGGCCCAUGGCGCUAGGCGCGACAGCGUGUCCGCAGUAUGCGCAGCGCGUUGCGGAGGCGACGGGAAUGUCGCUGAGAGCUUUGGGGAUCAAUAUGAAUUACGCGCCUGUCUGCGACGUCAACAACAACCCGGACAACCCCGUCAUUGGCGUGCGUUCCUUCAGCGAUAAUCCCCAUCUGGUCGGGCGCAUGGCGCACGCGACUUGGAAUGGGUUGGCGAGGCAGGGCGUCAUUUCUUGCGUGAAGCACUUUCCGGGCCAUGGCGACACGGCCGUCGACUCCCACUACGGCCUUCCGAAGAUCGAGAAGAGCUGGGACGAGCUGGAAGAAUGUGAACUGGUUCCGUUCAGACGCGCUGUUACGGGUGGUUGUCCGGCUGUCAUGACGGCGCAUAUCAUCUUCGGCUCCCAGCAAUCCGAUCUUCCGGCUACGUUGAACAGAGAAGUCUUGCAGCUGUUGCGCGAGGACCUCGGGUUUGAUGGAGUGAUUAUAUCUGAUUGCCUUGAGAUGAACGCUAUACGUACGGAAUGCGGCGGUACGGUAAAAGGCGCUGUUACUGCGCUCCGCAGUGGUUGUGAUUGUGUCAUGAUAUGCCAUACGAUGGAGCUGCAGCAAGGUGCUCUCGAGGCGAUCUACAAGGAGGCCAGAGAAGACGAGUCUUUUCGCAUGUUAAUUGACAAGUCCUGCGCUCGCGUUACAGAUAAAUGCGGCGGAGCGUUGGCAAAAUUUGCAGAGCUGCAGGGUUCCGAUGCGUCGACCAAGUCCACCUUGGAAGACAUCAAUCGGACCAAUGUGAGCUUGGCGGAUGAGGUCUACGCCAAAACUACAACGAUUGUGCGCUCUGAACCGGGCGCUUUGCCAGUUAAGAAAGAUGCGCCGGUACUGUUCGUCUCUCCUAUGGAACUGCGAGGAGUUAGCGGUGUUAUCAGCUAUGGAAACACAGAAUCUUCUAGACCACAUAAGCCGCUCGGCUUUAUCGACUUUUUGCGAUCACAUCAUCCGCAGGUUAAAGAAAUGCAGUGUUAUGACAAUCCUGAGACAAUACAGCAGGUAUUAGCAGCGGCCGAAGACAUAAAACACAGUCACAUUAUACUCGCUACUCGGAACGCUAGGCUUGCUCCGUAUCAGCGUGAACUAGCAGAAGCAUUAGCAGAGUUGGUGGAAAAGAAAAAUGCUGAUGAAACAAAGCUAAUUGUCGUCGCUACAUGUGAUCCAUAUGAUUUCCUCGAGGACGAAAGAUUUAAAACGUACAUUACUACUUACGAACCGACUUCGCCUGCGCUGCAAGCUGCAGCGGAUGCCAUAUUCGGCGUUUUCAAGCCAGAAGGUCGACUUCCUGUUGCGGUAAACGGGAACGCUUCCGCCGACUCGCCUAGCGGCCGAUUACCAGCGGAAGAUUUUGAGUCGGAUAAUGAGGGGGACAUGGAGCGGAUCUGCGAUUUGUGGCAUGAGCUCCUUCCGACGUACCAGGUUCCUGAGACACAUCUGGCUUAUCUCCUUCGAAGGCCAGGUGGACGCCAUUAUGUAGUCCGAGACGCUGGCGGACCUAUCAUUGGCUUCAUAGCAACCCUCACUCAUGGGUUCGCUGCCGAGAUGGACGCUGAACCAAAAGCUUCCAUAGCGGCACUCCUUGUUGACCGGGACUGGCAAAACAGAGGAAUCGGCACGAAACUGCUGGAGCAUGCGCGAAAAGAGCUCGGGUGCUCCAGCAAGAGCGUCUCCAUCGGCUCCGCCUUCCCACGUUUUUUCCCCGGUCUCCCCCUCGACAUCCCCUCCAGCCACCAAGAGUUCUUCCAGCACCGUGGCUUUCUCCCCGGCGUCCUCUGCCGCGACCUCUUCAUGCCCAUCACCGACUUCACCAUCCCCGCCGACAUCCUCGCCCCCGCCACAGCGCAAGGCUUUACGUUCACACCCUGGACGCCCGCCGACGAAGCCGCCAGCCUCGCCAUCAUGCGCCGCAACUUCUCCACCCACCCCGGCUGGUGUGAAGCCUUCGCCACGCUCGCAGACCGCGGCCUACACCGCCAAGCCAUGGUCGCGCGCGCGCCGUCCGGCGAGCAGGUCGGCUGGGCGCUGAUGCUGGAGCCGGGGCUGCCGGUGUGGCAGGAGCUGGCGCUGCCGCCGCUGUGCGGGGAGGCGACGGGGCUGCUCGCGUGCGUGGGCGUCGACGAGCCGUGGCGGAAACGGGGGGUCGGGCUCGCGAUGUCGGCGUCCGCGGUCGCGGAUUUGAGGGCGAGGGGCGUGAAGGGCGUGUUUGUGGAUUGGGUCGAGCUGAGGGGCUGGUAUGAGCGGUUGGGGUUUGCGACGUGGAGGGAGUAUCGCGGGAUGGAGUGGAGGAAGGCUGGGCCUUGA